UGGUGUUUUACCCACAGAGUGUUCUCGGCCACUGUGAAGUUCGUAUCGGGCUACAGCCACCGUAUACUUCACCGGCUUUCAUAAAGGGUUUGAUACUCAUCUAAUCACAGUAUCGAUAUCGACCAGCUAAUGGUCGGUGAGGAAACAGAGUCAAGCUGUUCCUCCUGUAUUCUUCAGUGACCGUACCACAGUUAAGCAGGUUGUGACAAUACUUUAGCAGUUCUUGAAGCCAAACAAAACCUGCGUUAUUGUCGCUUAUGAAUUUGGAUUACUUUGUGUGGUUGUUAUGAGGCGACAUUAAAAUGACUGGAUUUCGAUCAGCAAUAAACAAAUGAGUUUGUAUUCACAAAUAUUCGGUGUCUCGUCUAUGUGAAAUCGACCUUCUUGAAGAAAACGACUCCUUGUAAAGUGUCUUCGUGUGUCUGUGGAGACAGUGACCAGUUCAGUUCGGAGUGCACAAAUACCAUAAACUAAAUAUGGCAGCACCAUCUAGGUACUCGCUUCACCUCUCGUCUAGAUCAGGGCAUAAGCUUCACUUGUUGCUGACAACAUGCCUCCUCCCGUUGCUUCUAACGGGUCGAUCAACGUUGGCGCAACAACAGCAUGGCCCAGCGCUACAGCUGCUAUCAAUGUAUGUGCCUGUCAAUAUGGGCGGCGUAAAAGGUCACGUUCGAUUCGAACAAAAGGAUCCGCGGAAUACACGAAACAUAACAGUUACCGUACAUCUUAUGACCGCCGGCGAAGAGGCGAGACACGCGAGAUAUUCGUGGUUUUUGCAUGAGUUUCCUGUGUUUCUCGACCAGAAGCAGCCUUGCGCCACCAGCGAACUUGGACGGACGCGGCAUGACCUCGGUCGGCGUCAUGGCAUCUUGGACGUAGGACCUCCAAACAACAUGUCUGAGGUGGUCUUUUACGAUCAGGACAUCGAGCUAGAAGGACCAAAUUCAAUUUGGGGAAGGGCUCUACUGCUUCGAGCUACAGAUUCGUCCCAGAGGGACCUGCGGGCUUGCGGCAAUGUACAAGAUGAUUCGGGCAUUCGAACUGCGGAGGCUGUCUUCCACACGCCCGUAGCUGGUCAAGUCGUGUUUAGACAGUCGGAACAGACUAGCGGUAUAACGACCAUCUUCACAAAUCUUUUUCAUACCGGAGAUGAUUAUAUGCCUGCUGGAAGAUACGAUUGGCGCAUUUUGAUCUCGGAUAUUUUGGACACUGACGCUUCCAAACGCUCGGAAAAGCGUUGCGAUUUUCUACAGAUCGUCUUCGAUCCCGAAAAUCGUGCCCAACAAUUCGGUGAGGAAGCGUGCACUACCAAAGAGCAUUCGAAGUGCCGCAUGGGCGAUAUGGUCCGCAAGCAUGGAGAGAUUACGGUCGCGCCAACCAAUUCAAGGUAUUCGAAAAAACUCUACAUCGACACAAGUCUCGCGCUUAGUCACCUUGAUGGUUACCGUUCUAUGUAUCUUGCCGUGUACGAAAAAGCAAACCCAUUUCGUAUCAUGGCCUGUUCCAAAAUAUCCCUCGUCAGCCCACGCAAGGUACUAACGUAUUUCGACUCCGACGGUGUUCGAGGCACAGUCCAAAUGGAACAGCGUUACAAAAUGGACCCAACUAUUGUAAAAAUUCAACUACAAGGUCUACGAGGUCGAGGUGGUGCGUACCACGUACACGAGUUUCCAGUCGCUGCUUCUCGUCUCGGAUCAGGUUCCGAACGAUGCUCCAUUGCCGCUGUAGGCGACAACUUCAAUCCGUACAAUGUCGAUAGAAAUAAAAGCCCGCUUCCUGGUUUCGGUACAAAUGACGAAUACCAGGUGGGUGACCUAUCUGGCAAGCACGGAUUUCUCGUACAAGGCUCGAGAGGAGACUCACACGAGGCAAUGUAUGUCGACUUCAAUCUGCCGCUCUUCGGAACAAAUUCUGUCGUAGGCAGAUCACUCGUCAUCCAUCAGGUGGAUGGAACCCGAUGGAUUUGUUCAUCGAUCACUUAUCCCUCAGAGACGGUAACCGCCGUUGCGACAUUCUUUUACCCUAUCGUAGGCAGGGUCAUCUUUAGACAAGAGAUAAAUAAUCCAUGGGCAGAAACCACUGUGCUGGCAGAGCUAACCUAUGCUGACGGCACGGCGAAUAGCACAGAAGGCCACCGCUUCGAUAUUCACUUAGAUCCGCCAGGCAGAGAUUUCUACAACUGGACAAAGCGAUGUGAAAGUGCUGGGAAGGACUAUAAUCCCUUCGAUGUCGGAGUUCGGAAGCAGCGCGAAAAGGUAUGUCAUCCAGGCAAUGCGCUACGUUGUGCUGUCGGCGACCUCACUUCCAAAGCGGGUAUUCGAAUUUCAGUUGCCGCCAAGCGUGGAGCCAUUCUUAACAAAUUCUACUACACAGACGUAAACUUGCCCUUGUCUGGGCCUCACAGUGUUCUGCAUCGAUCCUUGGUAGUUCAUGAUGAUCAUGCACCACCACAUAGAGGUGAUCGGCUCGCAUGCACUACGAUUAUGCCUACACAUCCAUUGAUAGCAGCCGUUCGUCGUUGGUCGUAUGGGGCCGGUAUUCCGUCGAAUGUGUCUGGUACAAUUGUCUUCAAGCAGGAGUCCGAAUUUGAUCUUGCCGAGGUUCACGUGGACCUGACCGGACUCGAGCGCUAUGCUUCUGGUUAUCACAUCCAUCAGUUGCCUGUACCAAUGGAGAAAUCGUUUCCAUGCAACGAUGAUUCUGUCCGAGGUCACUUCAAUCCGUAUGGGCUUGAUACCGGCUUCGUACCCGCUCCUGCAGUUGGUUCCGUCGAUCAAUACGAGGUGGGAGAUUUGUCAGGCAAAUAUGGCACGCUUGACGACAAGGAUAUUGAGCAGAGUUCCCUCCUUGAUAGUAAUCUCCAGCUCUACGGAAGGAACUCAGUGAUUGGCCGCUCCGUGGUCAUUCACUUAAGAGAACGUAACCAGCGUUGGGCGUGCGGGACUAUUCUACCGGAAAUUCGCCGUGAAGAUGGUCGAGAACUUAUUGCUGUCGCUAGCUUCGACGAUCCCAAAAGCGCUGUUCAGGGUUUCGUGCGACUUCGACAGCUCGAAUACAAGGAUGGCUCGAGCAGCGAAACGUUCAUCGAAGUUGACCUUAGGUAUCCUGGAAAAUAUGACAGAAACCUUACACGUGGCCACGAGUGGGCUGUGUACGUCAACCAGGUUGGACAUGACGCCGUUGAACCCAAUGAAAAUGUGCGAUGCAUCGCUGCUGGAUAUAGGUGGAACCCUUAUCUAGCGAUUGCUUCAUCGGACGGUUACAAAGCCGAUUGUAAUCCAUCAAACCCUUUACGUUGCGAAAUGGGGGAUUUGACGGGGAAACAUGGCCACCUAGAAGUUGGCCAAGGACGACGGGCUGUUUUUAUCGAUCCCAACCUGCCACUUGUUGGAAACUAUUCGGUCCUUGGUCGUUCGAUAGUCAUCUUUGGGAAAGAGGGCGCGGGCCAGAAACUUGGUUGCGCUAAUCUUAAGCCAGAUAUCCACUUAAUCCGUCAUGUGAGCGUACGUAAAUUUCCGGGUUUCACUUCAGGACAAUUUAUGUCGCACAUGCGGGAACUUCUGAGCGCAACCGACUGGGUUAUUCAGUCUGAUCGGCAAUCGGAGCGUGACAUUCUCGGUGGACAAUGUACGCAGAUGACGGUACACUUCUUUGGAUCGGAAGCUCAUCGGUGGCACAUCGAAUUUGGCAAUCUAAUUGGACUCGGCAGUGUACGAAAGCAAACGCCGACAGGCUUAAAGCUUAUUCGCACCUUUUAUAAGCCAUGCAAGACCCUCGAAGAGGAACUAAACGAGAUCAACUCUGCUCAACGGCCUGUGGUGGAUCAGGCCAAAGCCUGCUCUCUUGCCUUUGCGUUCAUCAGUACCAUUUUUACUUUGCUCUACACACGUUGAUUCCUUUUUAUCACCUUAUCAAAAGCAGGAGCAGCCACAAUAUCGCAAGGCAAUGUUCAAUGUAAGGCUCGGGUCUGACUGACAAAUCCAUCCGCUAGUAGUCACCAGGCCGCCAUUUUGCUACCAUCCUUAACUUAGUACCCAGAUGGCAACGUUUUUUUUUCGACCGCUGUAAAAACUAUAGGUAAAAACAUAAAUAGGAUUUUCUGGCUGCAUUACAUAAUAGGGCUAUGAACGGCCUUUGAGCUCUGAGGCAGUACUACAAGGGCUUGGCUCACAAUGUUGCGCCGUGAUGUCCUCAAUGAUGAAAACAUUUCCGUCAAUCACAAUAGGAAAAGUGAGCAAAAAUAAAGGCGUAAGCAUACAGAAUUAUCCUAGAAUGUGUAUAGCGGUUGCCGUCGUACCUUAGCGAUAGCUGGGUGACAUAUCCGAAAAAAUACAACGAGAAACCUAAUUAAUCUCAUAUGUCUUAACAGCGGACUUGCCCCAAAAAAAAAUGAACAUUUAGUCACUUAGAAAGCGACAGCUCGUACAGUGAACCGGGGCGUACUUUGAUUGUUAAGACAGAAGAAACGCACGUUACUUCAAUUAACAAUCAUUAUAGUAUUUUAGAGAGUUAUUUCUAAGUUGAAAUCAUGAUCAUAGCAGGUGAAGUAGCAUGGUGACUAUUUAACUGACAGUUAGAUAAUUUGUUAUUGUGCUGAUGCAGGUAUGUUCUUAAUUUUUCCUUUAAAAAAAAAAAGAAGAAAAAAAAAUAAAUAUGGCAGGCUGAACCUUUUUUUUAGCGUUGUCAGGCUAGAUGGAAAGCUGUCGUUGAAGAUGAUGAUCCUCGCAUUACGAGAUGCACUGCAUUUGAACAAACCUGAGAAAAUCAUGAAACGCCUUUCGUACAGCUAAUGUUCAUGUAAUGCGAACUAGAAAGGAUCAGAGAUGGCAAAAUAAAUGGGAGGUUGACAUAGAGGACAUCAUUAUGACAACAUAGAGGACUCAUUCGGAAUGAUGACGCUAUAAAAAUCCAACUUCCGUAAAGUUCAUUCUGACGAUGCGUUUACCGACGAAAGUGUUUACUAAUAAUAACGCCGAUAAAAAAUCGUUACACGCACACCAACCUUUUCGGUUUAUUUUCUGACUAGAAUCGCUUUUGAACGCUUCGAAUGCAAUGAGUGAGAAACGCAAAAUCGCUGUUGCGAGAGAAGUUUACUUGUAACGGAACGCGCCUCGUUAAUAAGUUACGCCCCAUUUUAUGCAGUCAUCAGUACCGUGUAGGGCAAAAUUGAUAUAAUAAUUAACGUAACUGUUAAUAUCUUAGCUAUAAUGGUACGUCUACGGUCCCUUGAUUUCCUAAGUACCCUAUGAUUUUCUAAGAACAUAUUUGGUUGACAAAUGUUUUUGUCAUAGUCAUAAUUGGAGCAAUGGUAUAAUAAUGAUCGUUCGCUACUGUGAUUAAUUCGCUAGUAGUCAAAAAGCAGUUGUUGUUCCGAUAGAGACAAGCAUGCGACAAUGGCGUCGACAAUAGUUAUAAUGUAAAUGGUAAAAGAGAUUGCCUCAAUGUGUCAAGUGCACAAGUGUUAGUUUUAUCAUUUUUUAUCGUAAGGGUAUCGCUAGCGUACCUUGCAGGCUAAAUUAAAUAGAAAAUUUUGAUGUUAUCUAUUGUAACACCUGAUUGAUUUAAGGUCUGGAUAGUUUUUUUUUUUGCAUAAAAGUAUUAGCACACAGUGAUUAGCAGGAUCAAAUCAAGCAUAGUGAUCAGAUAGGCAGUGAAAUGUGCAAUCCAUAUGUGUAUCUAGUAGGCUACCAUAAACUUUAUUGGUGGGAUUUUUCCUUAUUCCAUUUGAUGUAGAAGUGCCUGAAUUACCUUCCUAGAUUGAGAAAGUGUACAUCUAAAAGUAACAGCGCCAUUUCGUUUACGCAGUACCUGUAAAUGUGCGUGUUGGGGGAGGUUUCCUAUGGCGAUUAAUUUCUUUAGAGAAAUUGCACACUUACAGUAAUUAUCGUAAUGACCAUAAUGGAAGUUGUCUCUCAAGAUGCCUCAAAAACUUGUGAAAUAUUUAAUCUGAUGUACAUAUAACCCAUACAAUAAUAAAUGAACACGUAGGUAGAAAUAGUAAUAUAAUGGAAUAUCUGACUAUGAUGAUGAUGAUCAAUAAACUUGUGCGAUUGUCAUUAA